AAUAUACCACAAGCCAUUCGUCAGCUCCCUUCUUUUGCUUCCUGCUGUAAUUUUGCCGCCGCUUCCGCAGGCUUCUCUACGCUCCAGCUCCGGCCAAGCUUUACAGGUAAGCUUGUGAAAAAAAAAGAUGGGUCGUGUGCGUACCAAAACAGUGAAGAAGUCGUCACGUCAGGUGAUUGAGAAGUACUACUCACGUAUGACUUUGGACUUCCACACCAACAAAAAGAUAUUGGAAGAAGUCGCAAUCAUCCCAUCCAAAAGACUACGCAACAAGAUUGCUGGGUUCUCCACCCACUUGAUGAAACGUAUCCAAAAGGGUCCAGUCCGUGGGAUCUCACUCAAGCUACAAGAGGAAGAGCGUGAGAGAAGAAUGGACUUUGUCCCCGACGAGUCAGCCAUUAAAACCGAUGAGAUUAAGGUUGACAAAGAGACUCUAGAGAUGCUUGCUUCUUUGGGAAUGUCUGAUACUAGUGGGUUUUCUACAGUUCAGCCACAAGGUUUUUUAUUUUUUUUGUUUUACUAAGUAUGUAAAUAUCAUUAGAAUAAAUAAAAGUUUUACAAAAGGUAAUACCUACACAAUAGUAGCUCAGGCAAAAAAAUAAAACAAAGCUGCUAUAGAGUUACAAAAGAUUUGGGUUGCUAACGGAUCCAAAGAAGUGAAAGGUUUUGCCAGUGCUUCCUUAAUCUUCUUGCGAUGAUUAUGUUGUGGACGUCCCGAUCAAGAAUCUUGAAAAUGAUAGAGGGUGCGAGCCUGUAGGAGUUAUGGAGAAGGUUGUUCCUUUGCUUCCAAAUAUUGUAAAUAGCUGCAUGUGCGACCACCUUCCGGAGCAAAGCAGGCGCGGAGGAGGUGGAUUGUCUGGUCAAGGAGAGGAGCUCAUUCCAUGAAUAGAAGAGCUGACUAGGGCACAAUCUGCUGAAGAUCAUCCUCCAAAUCUGGGCUGAAAACUCACAAGCGAGCAUUAAGUGGUCCCUUGUCUCCGUCUCAAUCGUACACAGACAGCACUCAGCGGAUCUUAUCUGUCUCCAAGCUGCAAGAUGUUGGCGGGUGGGUAAUCUGUCAAGGGUGGCGAUCCACAUUUGAAAAGCAAACCGCGGUACUGCGCCCUUGAACCAAACAGAGGGGACCCAAUCUUUCGACGAUUCCCUAGGUCUGAUUGCUUCCCAGGUUCGAGCUGAAGAAAAACCCUGGCAUACCACAUCAUUAACAGACCAAACAAAGGAGUCAGCUGGUGAGUUAGGGGACGGGGCUUAGAGGGAGGUGAGAUGAUCAUGUAUAACAUUAGCGGCUGGUGAUCUAGAUAAGGGGAUUAUCCAUUCACCAUCUCUAUAUCCCUCUGCAACUCGCGCAUGAAGCGGAAUUCGCAAGUGACGAGAGCCAAAGUCUCCAAGUCUCUUUAGUAAAGGGCCGAGGGAGGUCCAGCUAUCGAACCAGUAGGAUGCUUUCAACCAUUACCCACCUGAGCUUUGAUGAAUUGUUCCGCUAGCGGCCUUAGACCUAGUAAUGCCUUCCAGGAAUAAGUGUCGGUGGAGGUAGCAUUAAUUUCCCAGUAAGAGCUGUUCUUAAUAUGGUGAUGGUGGUGCCAAGCUGCCCAGAUUGAACCUCUAUCUUCAAACAGUCUCCAGAUGCGCCUAAGAAGAAGGGUCUUGUUCCAGUCUGAUAGGCUUCUAAAACCAAGACCGCCUUCAUCCUUAGGCAGACAUAGGGUUACCCAAGCCACCCUUGCUGAUUUGCCUUCAUCAAUAUUACCGGAUCAAAGGAACAUCUGACAGAGACUCUCUAUCUUCUUGAUACAACCUUUGGGGAGGAUAAAAGCAGACAUCCAGAAAUUGAUAGAGCCGAAGAUGACUGAAGUGAUCAACUGGACUCUACCCGCGAACGACAGAGAUUUAGUGGACCAGGAUCGGAAUCUGCGAGUGAUUUUGUCAAGCAGAGGUUCAUAUUCAGCUAUGCGAAGCUUUCUACACAUGAGAGGGAGUCCCAAGUAGCGGAUUGGUAAGGAACCAAGCGGGAAACCAUAGGAGGCAGCAACCGAUGCUUCAGCUUGAUCUUGUCCCGCAAGAAAGAGCUGACUUUUGUCCUUAUUAACCCUCAACCCCGACCAGGAUGCAAAGUCAUCCAAUGUUUCGCAGAUACCAUGCAGGGAAAAGCUACCACCAUCAAAGAAGAUCAUGACAUCGUCUGCAAAGCCACAAGCUUUUGCUGCACUCGGCAACAAUUUGUUUAGCAGGCCAGCAAAGAGAUACUAAUAAGGAGAGUCUUAGAAAGACUGAGAGAGAGUUUGGUUAAUUGGUCUAGUUAGUAUGGGUUGAAUCAACAACAUAUGGAAGAAUUUUACAGCUCUUGCUUUGUUUUUGACUUUAUAUUUGUGUGUUCAUUAUAAUCAUUUUGACUUUUGUU